CCUGUUAUGAAAGCUCGACGGGUGAUACAAAAACACGUGUCUUUCUGCGAAUUUUAACGUUGAUCGUUUCGUUUGUCGCGGGUUGAUUGUGCGCGCGGUGCCGACGCAAGAACGGUCACUGAGUGCCGAGGGUGACGGAGGGCGCGUGACGCAUUUUACAGGCACGCGUUCGUACGCGUCUCGCCGAAGAGAAAGCAAGCCGCGAGCGGCGCGGCGCGGCCAUUUUAUGUUAGUAUGACGUAGAGGCUGGGUGUAGCUUAGCGUUCUUAUUGUCGUGUCGUGCGCGAGGAAAAAACUAACGGCUCGGUAAGUGCUCGAUGCUGGCAGUUAAGUGCACGUAGCACGGCAGCGCGAGUGAUGUGAACCUUCCGUCGCGGUGAACGGUAUUCCCGCGGAUAGCCGUGCAGCAACGCGCGAAGCUUACAGAGCAUCGAGCAGCUUCGACGAGCGGUCGCGGCGAGGGGGGAAAGUGUGCGAGCGAGCGAGCGAGCGAUCAAGCGGACGAAGCGAGCGAACGAGAGAGCGGGCGGGCCCUGCAACGAGUUAGUUUAGUCUAGCUAACGAAAGUCGAAAAGUGAGAGUGUGUUCGCCGCGGCGGUGUGUCCGUAGCCAGCACGCGCGAAUAUGAGCGAGGAAAGUAAUCCGCGUACCCUGUACGUGGGUAAUCUGGACGCCUCGGUGUCCGAGGACCUCCUGUGCGCGUUGUUCUCGCAGAUCGGCGCCGUCAAGGGAUGCAAGAUCAUCCGGGAACCCGGCAACGACCCGUACGCCUUCGUCGAGUUCACCAAUCACCAGUGCGCGGCCACGGCAUUGGCCGCCAUGAACAAGCGCUCCUUUCUCGACAAGGAGAUGAAGGUUAACUGGGCGACCAGUCCGGGCAAUCAGCCGAAGCUCGACACCAGCAACCACCAUCACAUAUUUGUCGGCGACCUCUCGCCGGAAAUCGAGACGCAAACGCUCAAGGAGGCAUUCGCGCCCUUCGGCGAGAUCAGCAACUGCAGGAUCGUGCGUGAUCCGCAGACUCUGAAAAGUAAGGGCUACGCUUUCGUGUCGUUUGUCAAGAAGUCCGAGGCCGAGGCGGCGAUCAGCGCUAUGAACGGUCAGUGGCUCGGCUCGCGCAGCAUCAGGACGAACUGGUCCACCAGGAAACCGCCGCCGCCGAGAUCCGAGAGACCGAGACACUCGAACAAUAGUAAACCUAAUUACGAUGAGGUAUAUAACCAAAGUAGUCCGACCAAUUGCACCGUAUAUUGUGGAGGUUUCACGAAUGGCAUCACAGACGAAUUGAUAAAGAAAACGUUUUCCCCGUUUGGUACCAUUCAAGAUAUAAGAGUAUUUAAGGACAAAGGAUACGCUUUUAUCAAGUUUACAACUAAGGAAGCAGCAACGCACGCCAUCGAGUCUACGCAUAACACGGAAAUCAACGGUAGCAUCGUUAAAUGUUUUUGGGGGAAGGAAAACGGCGAUCCUAACAGUGUGGGUCCUAAUGCCAAUCACCAAGCUCAACAGGUGACAACAGGAGCUGGACAAUACGCCUAUGGUUACGGUCAGCAGAUGGGCUACUGGUAUCCACAAGGCUAUCCCCAGAUGCAAGGGCAGUUUUUGCAACCUCAGUACUAUGGUCAAUACUAUGGACAACAAGCUCAAUACAUGAACAGCAUGAGGAUGCCCACUCCGAGCACGGGUGCUUGGCAACCGACGCAAGCUACUGCCGCUCCUCCGACAGCAAGCGCGCCCUUGCCACCGGGCCAGCCACCUACCAUGGUAACAUACGCCACUAUGCCACACCAAUACCCUACGCAAUGAAGUUGUUCAUUGACCAGCUAAUUGUUACGUAUGACGUUACGUAUAGUUGCCCCAGGGGCUAUCGCGAAAACCGUUCUGUCAUAUACCUACUCCAACAUAUGUAUUUAAGUUUUCGGUGAUAUAGGCGUGUAGGAUAAUCGGUUCUGUGACUAUAACAUAUAAUUUCACACGUGACAAAAAAAAGAAAACGGAUGAAAAAGGCAAGACACGUAAUCGGUACAGGGGAAUCUUCUUUUUUUCUUUUUGCGUUGCGUAAAAGAAUUUGUUUGAGGUACAAAAGAUUUAUUAUUUUCUGUUUUACGUUCUCGCCGUAGGAAUUACCUUGAAAUUGGAACGUAGUUAACAUUGACGGUGCUUUUCGACGAAACAGUUGGUAUGUAUAAUGCGACGAUAUGGAGAUUUGACAAGGAAGUUUUACAAUUUUCACUUGCACACACGUGCGAUGUUGAACCAGGUAUAUCGCCGAACUCUUCCUUUACGGCCCCUGAAAAAAAGCAAAAAAACAAAAAAAAACAACCGAGCCCCGCACUCGUUGUGUGCUGCGCGAGUAACGUACGUAUGCGGCAAUUGCGUUGUUGAUACCUUUUUAAUAUUUUUGCCACUGACGUCCGGAAUCCCCUCAGUUCAAUCUCGAAUCAUGAAUGAACGCGAUGUGUGACAAAUGUAUUUGAAGUAAAUACAAAGAGUACGGGAUGUACUACUGCUACGGAUAUAGUUAAUAAGGUAGAAAAAGCGAUUAGAUAGAUAUGGCGCCUGUGAUGUAGCUAGAUUUUUGGAAGCGUUUAUGCUGAGGCGCGUGCGGGGCUCCUUCUAACAAAUAAACUGUACGAGAGUCGAGUAACGAGUUGUAACUUUUCUCGUUAUGUGAUAUUUAUCGUCGGUGGUUAAUGUAUAAAACUUUGCUAUGAUUACCUUCAAAGCAGGGUGAUAACAAGAAAAAAGAGAGAGGGAGAUAGAGCGAAAGAGAGAAUGAUAAUUUUUGCUAUGGGUGUCAGUGGAUCAAGAUUCCCUUGUGCGAAUGCGAGCUCAAGCAUAUUAAUUGCUACACGAUGCUGUACAUUAACGCGACACACCGAUUCACGUUCUUUUUUUCUUAUCGUACGUCUCGUUGCUUGCUUGUCACCGUAUUUCCGGCAUUUCGAAUCUUUUGUGGGGGUUUCGUUGUUUACGAUACGCUUAAGUGUGUCGCAUCACAAAACUCUUUGCUAUGAUUUUAAAUGGAACACUUUCGAUCACGCAACGGAAAGAUAACGGACGCGUAGCGAAGUACGAAGAAACCGAUGAUCGAGGUUUUCGUCAUUAAUGUACUUCAUCUCACGCUGUAAAUAAUAUUAGUGACUCCUCGCCGUUUGUAUAGACGACCUAGCCAAACUGAAGAGUAAUAAAUGUAAGUUAAGUAUAUAUAAUGAUAACGGUAACGAUAAAAAAAAAAACGGAUACUUCCAUCGGGAUAUAUCUCUCAGUACGGGACGAGUCACUGAUAUAUUUUGAUGUCGGGAUUAAGGCACACGAAACAUUGAGGAUUGCAAGCAAAUAAUACAUGUGCACUUGUUUGUAUUUUCGUAAUUGUUAAGUGCGCGAAUACCGGCAAUUAAAUCUUUUCCUAACGUGAACGAUUAAUCGAUUGACAAUCAACCGUGGCAUAAUGCUUACACUUGUCUGGAUUCUCGAAUAUAUAUAUAUAUAUAUAUAUAUAUAUAUAUGUUCGAGACGAUUCGAUUUCUUCGUGUCUUCCAAGCUAACACGUGAUGGAAGUUUGCAGCACAAUUAAUGAUAGUUUUCUUUAAUGUCCUUGCUGAUCAUUUAGGGCUCGGGUGGUGGUCGAGUUCUCGAUAUACCGAUUAAAACUUAGCCAGAUGCUAUGCAUGACUCUCAGACUUGGUCUGAGAAUAUCAACGCGCUAAUAAAUGUAUAUAUCAUUACCGUUCUUAUUUUUGCGUAACAUCUCGAUUUUGAUCGAAUGCAGGUAGGAUUUGGUAACAGUUAUAAUCAACUAAUCAUUUUCAAAGUACAACGAGUAUUUAAUAUGCUUAUUUUGCAAUUAUAAUUAAAAAUUUUAAAUUGUAUUUAGGCUACAUAACUUAUUAAUUAUUUAACUAUACCGGUAUGUCCGUAUGAGAUAUAUUGAUAUUAGUGUCUUUAUUGUUGAAACGCACGAGCCCUAUAUUGAUUUACACAGUUGUUUUUGAGGAAACAGUUUUUAAUUUGCCGGAUUUCGGUUUGUGUGCAUGAUUAUUGCAUUACGUCAAUUUCAUCAUUGUGAAUAACUCUGAAAUGUAUCUAUCGUUCCGAUGAAGUAAUGCUUACCUAAUUAGAAAUAACGAAGCAUUAUCUUAUUUUAUAUCGCGAAAUUCUGUGAGAGGAACAAAGUGUAUUAAUUCCGAUAACGUUUGACAUGCGAGAAUGCGUACACCUCACUUUACCACCGACGGUAAAAUGCCAUACAACUUUCAAAAUCAAUUUGUAUAAAGUCAGAGAAUACGAGACGAAACUAUACGAGAUAGGGGAACGAGUAAAAACCGGGCGCGGUAAAUAAUCCGAUUGGCUGCGAUGAAUGAACGGACGUAGAGCCAAUUUAAGGGAAACGAACUUGAAUGCGACGUAAUCGUCGGAAACCGGAAAAGAAAAAACAAAACUUGUUAUAUAAAAAGUAAUUUAGGUACGGCAGGGUGUCGAACCCUCAAAGAUACUUAGGAUAAUGUUAUCUUAUAAUAAAAACAAAUUAUCCUUUGAAUGAAAAGAAGGAAUAAAUAUUUAAAAUACACAA